AUGAGCAUUUCGGCUACCAAAUGCGCGACCUUCCGCAUAGUAACGACAAAAGACUCCUGGUACCUAGCAGAUCCCGGUCUGGCACUGCAUAGUGCAGAAGGUAUUUCGUACGCGGAUGCGGAUACCACGAUUAAAUAUCUUGGUGUGAGAAUAUCUCCUUGGGCAAGAAUUGACAUUAAGAGCCUGAAGCGAGAUCUCUGCACAACGCUACAGCGCAUUAAAAAGCUGGCGUUGAAACCGCACCAAAAGGCAACUCGACCAGGAGCUGCGAGUAGUGAUCAAAGACAUUUACCGCAGUCGACAGCCGAUGGAUUUAUAUACUGCGGUAAGAGAGACGGGGGAGGUUUCCUCAAGCUGGAGUUUUUGGUGGUAAGCUCCGGCUUGAGGGCAGGCUUGAAAUUCAUAGAAUCUCCGGAUCAAGUGAUGCGAGCUCUAGCGGACGCGGCAGGCAUGGUGAACCGUCUCAAGAGCCUAGCAGCGUCCGCACAAAUCAACUGGCCAAUAACGACAGAAGGAAUACGACACUUCAAGAUUAAUGCGAAGAAGAAAGAGCUCGCAUCGUGGUCGGCUUUGGUGUCGCAAGGCAAAUCAGUGAAGUCCUGCACUGAUGAUAGGAUAGGAAUGCAUGGCUGUACAAUCCUACGCUCCUAA